UUGCAUAACGACCACGAGAAGCACCGAAGUUCUAUCAAUCAAAGCAACCCGCAGAGAGAGAGAAAUGGGAUUUCACGCAGCAGCUUUUAGGGUUUCUCAAAUUAAAAGUAGAGCUCUGUUUAUGGUUCAACUGAGUACAUCUUCUUCGCGCUCCUUUUCCCGUAAGCCGCAAUUGUCAAAUCACCGGAAACGGCCUUCUUUUGGAAUUGCAUUUGACAUCGAUGGAGUCAUUCUCCGUGGCCGUCUUCCAAUUGGAGGCUCUCCGCAAGCUCUGAGAAGAUUAUAUGGAGAUUCUGCUAGUAGGAAUUUGGAGGUUCCCUUUCUGUUUCUGACAAAUGGUGGCGGCAUCCCUGAAUCUAGACGAGCUAUAGAGUUAACUGAGCUGCUAAAUGUAGAAAUUAGACCUGCUCAGCUUCUUCCUUUUCCUGAU